UCACUUAAAAGCUGAGCCUAAUUGACAAUCCCUUCCAUCACUUUCUCUAUAUCAUAAGCUACUUAUCUUCUAUAUCGAUUCUCUCGAACAGUGAGACUUUAGCGUCUACUGCUUUUGCGCAUAGGGGGUGGUCUAUAAGCCAGCAGCCGUUCCCUGUCCAACACGAUGUCGGAAUGGCGACGGAGAGAAGAAACACCGGAACCAGAAGAUGUACCUCGCUGGCGGGUUGCUGGAUGCUCCUCCACUGGAGCGGCUUGGUGGGAUAUUAAGGGUCAACUCGAGACAAUCAAGCAGCUAAAAGUCAACUUCCAUCGUCUAACGUCGGAUGAUGCUCAAGAACACUUUCCUAAAUUCCCCAAGUUACAUGACCGGACUUGGCUUACCCUCAUCACCAAGCUUCAAGAAGCAAUGACAGUCGCCGAGCAUUUCCUUACCGAUGUCGAUUCGAACGACUGGUUACGUGUACAGGCGAGCCUCCCAGGACAACUAUGGGCGCCUGGCGCGAGGGCGCGGCUUUGGGACAUAAACCGUCCCUGCGAGCGUGCCAUAAAGGUGCUAGAAGGCGUUGCUGCGCUACAGGCCCAGAUACUGGCGGGCCAGCACAGGAAGCCCGAUGGCGAAAAGCGGCUUGAGAAACCCGCUUUCAUACCAGUUAGCUAUCGACAGGGCCCCGGCGAGGGUCUGUUACCGGAGGCUUCAUACCCUGAAAGAGGCGAGAGCCAGGUCGACCCAGACUAUGACAUCCUACAAAGCGCAGAAGAGCUCAGCCAGUCAGCCUCUGAUCUUGAGCGCUACCGUUUUUCCUUCCGUCCAGAUCUCGCGGAACUGGAGGAAAUGAAGUCGCGCCGGGAGCAGAGCGACGAGCGCCCAUCGCUCGUGCCUGCUGAACACGUGCCUCUAAGAGAGAUCGCAGAGAAGAAGGGAACAUAUGGGCCAUCGGGACCGCCUCUCAAAUCUAUGAUAUCUUUCAUCGCAGAACUAGACAUCUGCAAGCUAAGCGGACACCCACCUGUACGUGAGUCCAGCCUGGGAAGUAACGAUUCCCUUUCUCUGGACACGCCUUCAAACCCGAUUACACCAAGGCCUGUGGUCAAGGACAAUCGUUCAAACCGGUUGCCCGGUGUUUAUAAAAGUAUGUCUAGUUAAAUCUGUUCUGAGCUGGUUUGCUAAGAACAAGGUCAAAUGCUAACAACAAAUCAUAGCGUUUCGUGAUGAUCACUUCAUGUGGACAAGCUUUGCUGCUCAGGCCCAGGAAUGGAAUAAGCUCCCCCAUCUGCCAGUGAAGAGAAAGUUCGACAGGCGGGCCAUAGAAG